ACUUUACUAAUCUAUUGGUCAUCACUAAGGACAAAACGGAAAAAUGGAUUACAUUGGUGGCUAUCGAUGUCCUAGCCAAGCGCUCCCAGCCAACCAUGGAUGCCCUCAAGAUGCUGCAGGGCACCACCCAUUCGCAGUCGGCAGGAGCCCCCUCCUCGCGACUACGGCUACGGUUCCAUCCCCCCCACUGGGAAAGCUUACUCACACAUAAUUUAAGACCGAAACGUGGCCGCUGUCUCGGAUAUUUCAAAGCAGAGGAUUCGUUUUGCUGGAAAAGGGUACAGGCGCCGCGCCACCAGCCAUGUAUUGGUAGAGCUCGCAUGGAAACGCGGCCCUCAAAGGAACAUGCGCGAUGCGCUUGUGUAUGGUCACCUAAUCCUGAGGAGCUCCAGGGGAAAAGAAGGGACAGGCCAAAAAGUUUAGGCAAACAACGAGGACAAAUAAGGCUCUCGGGUCUAAAUCCGGAUAAACUCACAAACAGCCACCGUCGGGCCGGGCCUGGAGGCGAUGGUAGCCCGGGCUGAUGACUUUCCGCCGGAGGCCAGCAGCGAUACGGAUCUCCACACGGGAAAACGGCGCUCUCCGGUGAGUGGUGCACGGGCAGUCCGAGAUUGGGCUGCCAGACAAAAUGGAGAUACUUCUCAGCGCCGCAAUGCGACCGCUAGAAGUUCCCGAGAGGAGGAGGACGCGGUACGCCGGAACGGACUCACCGGGAAAUGUUGACGUCGUCGGCGUCGAUUGUGGAAGGCUUUCCUGGCUGGUCGCUGGCACGGGUCGAACGGACACCGGUUGCUGGGCAGCCAAGUCGGGCUGGUAGGUAUGGCGAAGUAUGGCGAUGUCAGUAGAGUCCAAAUAAAUUCUUCCGGGGCCCUUUGUAUUGGGACCCCGGUUGCCUUUAUAAAUGAUAAAUAUUAAAUACCGAACUACUAUAGAACUU